CAUUUUGUUUAUGAAGCUCAGCUCCUUGUUCCAGCUGCUCCUCUUCAUCACGAAUCUUCCUCUCACUCACAGCAGCUGGAACUGUGUGUUUAUGAAGAUCAGCGGCUCUUCCUCUUUGGGCUCUUGUUCACGGCUGAAACACACCAGACUGUCGGCAGGCUGGCGCUGAACCUCUGGGAACAACGAGCAGGCAGGCGUCAGGACGUCCAACUAUUAGUUUAGAUUUAAAGUAAUGAAAGUUAAACACGUCCUCCCUUCAUGCUUACUUUCAACAAAAAGGAAGCUAUGGAUAUUUGCGACGGGAAGAAGAGGAGAAAGGUAAGCGGCGUUGUGCGGGGCUGCAGGCGGAGUGUGGCCGCCAAGAUAAAGAGGGAGGCCGGCAUGGUCCUUCGCUCCCUCAAGGUGGAGAACAACAACCACACGGAGCCAAUGGUGGAGGAAGAGGACGACGACUGCUUCUCAAUCGGCUUCCUGCGGAGUGAGCGGCCUCAGCCCGGCACGGUGGUGUCUCCCCGAUACAAUCUCCUGCGGGAGGUCGGCCGGGGCAGCUACGGGGUGGUUUAUGAGGCUGUAUCCCGGAAAACAGGGGCCCGGGUGGCGGUGAAGAGGCUCCACUGCGACGCCCCGGAAAACGUGGAGCUGGCUUUGGCCGAGUUCUGGGCCCUAACCAGCCUGGAGAACCGGCACCAGAAUGUGGUCCAGCUGGACGAGUGUGUCCUGCAGAAGAACGGCCUGGCCCAAAAGAUGAGCCACGGAAACAAGAGGUCCAGACAGUACCUGCGCCUGGUGGAGACGUCCCUCAAAGGGGAGCGCAUCCUGGGUUACCCAGAGGAGCCAUGUUAUCUCUGGUUCGUCAUGGAGUUUUGUGAGGGUGGAGACCUCAACCAGUACAUCUUGUCCCGUCGGCCCGACCCCCACACCAACAGGAGCUUUAUGCGGCAGUUGACAAGUGCAGUAGCUUUCUUACACAAGAACAAUAUUGUCCAUCGUGAUCUGAAACCAGAUAACAUUCUCAUCUCACAGAAAUCUGGUUCCCCUGUUCUCAAAGUCGCAGACUUUGGCCUCAGUAAAGUUUGUGCUGGCCUAAACUCUAAGAACAGUGAAGAACACCCUUCAUCAGCUACAGCAGCAAGUGGCCAAGGCAGUAACCAGAAUAACAUCAUCAACAUUAACAAGUUCUGGUUGUCGUCAGCUUGUGGCUCAGACUUCUUCAUGGCCCCCGAGGUGUGGGAGGGCCACUACACAGCCAAGGCUGAUAUCUUCGCCCUGGGCAUCAUCAUCUGGGCAAUGGUUGAGCGGAUCACUUUCAUUGAUGCAGAGUCCAAGCGUGAACUGUUAGGCACCUACAUACGGCAGGGCACAGAGAUUGUACCUGUUGGGGAGGCCCUGUUGGAGAAUCCCAAGAUGGUUCUCCAUAUCCCUCAGAGGGCCAGGAGCUCCAUGUCUGAAGGUGUGAAAAAACUCCUUCAAGACAUGCUCGCAGUCAACCCUCAGGACAGACCAGACGCCUUCCAGCUGGAGGUGCGGAUGGACCAAGUCACAUGUGCUACAUGACAGCCCCCAUCUUUCCGAAAUUCUCCUUUUUUACCCUAACCAGUCAACGAGGGAACCUCUCUCCUUCCCAGCUUUGUUUACCCCACGGCCAUGGAAUCUGAUGGAAAAAGGGACUGACACAAUGAACUGUGAACAAUCCACGAUCAUAAUUUAACUUGGAAGUGAUGGACGAGCUGAUGAUUCCGAAACUCUGGGACGGGUACAUAACGUAAAUCAGACCACAGCCGUGAACUCCCAUCACUAGCCACUCCCAGUCACUGUCACCAUGACGCUGAGGAUGUUUCACUGGAGGAUAAUGUAUCCAAGAGCGAAUUAGAUGUGACAGCCAUGUGUUGUUUUAUAUUUUGUUGAUAUUUGUCCCCCACAGUCUCAGUAUAGGCCGGCUCUUCCCUAACAUUUGUAAUGUAUUGAGCUGUGGCACAGGUUACCUUAUUGGAUUGUAUGAGUGUACUGAAGUCAAAGCAUGGGCUUGCCCACAUGUCCCUAUAUAUGAUGGUAUUGACAGCAGACAACACGAUACUGCACCGUACAUCCUCGUGCCUUAAACGUGAUUCACACCAAGUGCGAUUUGAAAUUUGAAAUUUAAUAAUUUUAUGAGCUUAAGUGGAAGUGCACAUACCUAGACAAACUCUAUGAGUCAGGAAUUCCUUUCGUCAUAUGAAGGUUUCUGUCAAUCAAACAAUUAACUAUUUUGCUUUCAAUGAUGUCAUACUAUUCAACAAUAUUUUGGGCAGCAAUAAUGUGAAGUUGGAAUGUGAUAAUCUGGUGUCUUUGCGCUACCCUAAAGCAUGAGUGCAACCAUAAUGCUGAAGCUGAGUUCAGCUUUAACUAAAAUGAAGAUAUCGUUGCUUUAACUAAAAUGAAGAUAUCAUUGUUUCAGUGUCCCAAGUUUGCUGAUGUAAAGAAGGUUACAAAUAUUUCACAAAUCUGUGCCACACUCUGGAGGCAAAUUAACUGUGAAUAUUAAUAUGGUUGUGUUGUUUUGAAAGGGUACUAUAGAAUUCACACAUUAGAAGUAGCAGGCCUGUAUCAACUCCAAUCAGUACUGUGUUAGUCAGACAAUGUCCAGCAGAGAAUCCGACUGGUUUUCUGGGGCAUUGUUUCUGUUGAAUCCAAAGAACAUCAAAUUGUGUUUAUCAUCACUGCAAAACUUAGUAUGAACAUGUUUUUAAAAUUAAUUUAUGACCAAGAAACAAUUGGGAUAAUUUGGUGAACUAACAUCUAUUACAUUCAUUUUGUACUGAAUGUUUUUUUGUCUUCUUUUUUUACCUACCUAACCCUUUACAUUGAGGUUAACGUGGCAUUUGAUGACUCCUCACAAACAGAAAUAACACUGUAAACUUGGAGAUAUCAAGUUAAUGGGUUACUUGCCAUUGUGUGUCAUUAAGAGAUAUGGAGUGAUGUUCUAUAUGCUACCUUUUGGAGUUUUAAACUUUCUGAUUGUUGUGAUAUGAAUAACGGGUCAUUCUAUGGGAACACCUGAGCAGUAUUGAGCCAUCUUUGGUCGAAUCUUUCUUGAGUAUCUGAGUUGAGGACUCUCACAGGAAAUUUCCCAUCUGGAAAUAGUCUCUGAGAGUAUCCAUGGGAUAACCAUGCUUACUGUCCCCUCCCUCCUCCCCUCAUUAUUUAAUUAUUUCAGACUCUUUGCAGUGACAUGCAGCUCUGUAGAACACAUCCAGGCAGUGGUUGGUUGGAGCUUUCUAUUUUUUUUUAUGGUCCUAACCUCCUCUCGGCUUCAUAGCACUGUGUAGCAUCUGGGUCGAGUUCAGUGACUCAGCAAUAGUUGUAGUAGACUUUGAGGCGUUUUGUAGUGUGGUCCUACCUCAUCCUCAGCACUCCGAAACUUCCUGUCUAUAUGACUCGUUAAUAACCUCGUCUUACUUUCUGACACCAGGGGCACUUUGAUGGGACAGAACUUCCUCAAUCCUGAAUCAGCCUCUAACUGACGACUAUGGUGUAUGCGUAGGUACAAGCAACCUCUAGCUUUCCCCUUCAUAAAGGCUUCAUCUGCAGCACAAAAGUAGUCUCUCCUCAUUACCAGACCACAAUCAUUCUGUUUGUGUUCAAUAGCUACAGCUCCCAUAAGUUUAUAUUAGCAUCUAUGCCUCAGAGCAUUUUAAACCAAUUAGUAUAGCCGUAUUCAGACAUGACCUGUGUGUAACAUCCGGAUAAGUGGUGUAGUGGUGCAGCUGGGUUAAGCAGACAGUCACAGGAAGUGAUGUAUUAACUCCGAUGCAGAGCUCACGUGAUAAUGUUUACAGCACCCAGACACCUCUCUUGACAUCUUCCUCAGUGUCUUCUACGUGUAUGACACAGCUUUUUCACCUGAAAAUAUUUGUUUUCUUGUAGUUUUUUUCGUUUUUGCGUCUGUUGAGUUUUGUAAGCUUAAGCAUGCCCCCCACUCGCUCGAAGCACCUCCUCCGUAUAUAAUUCAGAGGAUCUGCUGAGUUCAAUGCAUGACUGAAAGCAGCUUAUGAUGCUCUGACCAUAUCAGAGGUGUUGCUAGCUGUUCCCCUUGAGAAGCUUCUUCCCACUGCCAACCUAGUCUCAAAAGUAGGAAUUUAGAAGAAUGUGCUUCCUUUCAAUGUAAAUCUGAUUUAAAAGGCUGGCACAUGUCGUUAAAGUGUAGCACAGCUCAAAGGAUCAAUUGGGAUUGAAGCGCAUGGGAGCUGUAGCUUUUGUAUGCCAACACAAUUGUUGCUAAAAGUUGUUCAACAUUUGGUAUGAUACUUUUGUAUUUGAAUUUGUGCAGAAAGGACUGCUGUUGCACGGACCAGCCCAGCAGUGUAAAAACAUACAUGUUUGAAGCGUUAACGCUAACAUGGUUGUAUAACUGUAUAUGGCAUUGCUAUGUUGAUAGUGAAUAAGCUAACUGAGGAUCUUCACAACCUAAUCAUCAGUACUAACCCUUGUUGUCCACUGUGUUUUUGUACGCGCUGUUCAUUUAACUCCUAUCUAGUAAUACUCCACUCGAAAACACUUCACACUAUGCAAAUCUUUCACUGCCUCACUGUAAGCACCGUAAAGAGCCAUGCCCCUCCGCAACAGUCGUGUAAUAUCUUGAGCUGUUUUUUCUCAGUUUAUAUUUCCAGUGUGUACAAAAAGGUUUCAUUCGAAUGUUGUGAACAACAUUAACUGCUUUUUGAUAAUGAAGCUGACAAGCAGCCAUAAGAUGUUUCGGGAAGCAUAAUACAAUCAUGUUUUUGACUUGUAAAUAUGUUCGACAACUUUUUCUUGGAAUAAAUGAUCAAAACUGUCUGAA